AUGAGGCCCCUGUCCCCCAGGAGCUGUAUAACCGAGCGGCAGAGUUGGAUGCGUGAACAGCUGGCGGUGAAGACGAGCUCGACUGCUGGCUGGCACUCCGCGAGUCAGCCCUGCCAGGCCGUGAGGAGACGGCUCGAGGCCGCCCUGGCCCGAUCUCUCGCCGCGGAGCGUGGCAAGUCGCUGUGGCGCAAGGUGAAGAGCCCAGAUUAUAUCAAGCAGAGAUCUCAGGAAGGUAUAGACGCUAAAGAAAAUCCAGAAGAAAAGGUACCGGAGAAGCCACCUACCCCAAAGGAAUCUCCUCAUUUUUAUCGCAAAGGCACGACACCCCCAAGGUCUCCCGAGGCAAGUCUCAAACAAAGCCACUCUCCCCCGCCCUCCCCAAAGCCCACGCGGAAGCAGAACCCCAGCUCGGGGGCCAGACUCAACCGAGACAAACGGAGUGUGGCUGACGAGCAGGUGGCAGCCGUCGUCAACAAACCCUUGAUGGCGAAGGCUCCCUCGAAGGAGGCGGGAGCCGCCGCACCCUCGUCCAAGUACAGUGGCCGCCACCACGUCCCCAACCCCAGCAACGGGGAGCUGCACUCUCAGUACCACGGCUACUACGUGAAACUGAACGCCCCCAAGCACCCUCCGGAAGACGGGGAGGAAGACGGAGGGUCCAGCCACCCUUCCUCAGCACUGGUGCACAAGCCGUCACCCAACAAAUGGAGCCCCCCUAAAUCUGUGACAAAACCAGUUGCCAAAGAAAGCAAAGCUGAGCCAAAAGCUAAGAAGUCUGAACUCGCUAUACCAAAGAACCAAGCAAGCAACGAUUCGUGCCCACCGUCGGAAAAAGAAGCCAAUUCGGGCCCUAAUUCGGUCAUGAUUGUCCUGGUCAUGCUGUUGAAUAUCGGGCUGGCCAUCCUUUUCGUUCACUUUCUAACUUGAUUGGAAUUAGGAAAGGUAAGAAUAGCCUCAAUUUCUAAACAAUCGUCACGAAAUAUAACAUUCUCUUCCCGUAUUCAAAUUCAUGUGUUUUUUUUUUUUCACAACUACAUCUGGUCCUUCACAUUAAUUUUGGCUGCGCCUGAAUGUGAUUCAACAUAGUUACUAAGUGAUGUAACUGUUUUGACCCUUCAGUGAAGUCAUGACAGCUAGCGAUGGCGCUGGCCCACAGUUCUCCGCAGUCGUGGCACCAGCCCUUAAAAUGACACGGCCCAGUCAGACUCAGACACGGGGAAGGAGGCUUGGAAUUGGGAUGGGAUCGCCAGAGAGAGGAAACUUGGAAAAUUCAGCCAGAGGACCUGUUCGGUUCCCCCUGGGAGUGCUUUGUGGCUUUGGGGUCCUCUGGGAGCUGAAGCGAGCAGCGGUGUCGGAGAGCAAACCUUAAUAACCGUUCUUUUUUAAAAUCUGCUGAAGCAGCCCCAUCCGGAGAAGUUCUUGGCAUUGGCUGCGCCAUCUGUCCUAGCGGAGUGUGACUAAACUGGAAAUGUAU